AUGGGCCUAUGUAUGGGUCGGGUUCGUAGUAGCAGACGGACAAUUAAAGUACGUGGGGUCUGCUUGGUGAAGCGAAGUAGACAGCAAGGCGCCGUGGGUCUUGCGAGCUUCUGGGCGUAUACGAAUCUCCUCGAUUCCUCUAUAUGUAAGGAAAUAGCUACAUCCAAAAGAAAGAAAAGGGGCAAUGGUCGCCCUGGACUCUCCCAACAGUCUUUCGCCUUUUUCAGGCCUUCGCCUUAG